GGCAUGCUCAGCUUUUCUGAGUUCGCGCAGUAUUUAAUGAAGGAAAAGGCCAAUUUUCGGGCUACACCGGCUACGGCGGUAGAAGGAAAGCAACUCUUGAUUUGUAUAUCAACUUGAGGGAUCUGGAGAUUGCAAGGGCAAAGGCGAAGAAAACCAUCCUGAAGAAGAAACAACCACUGAUAAGGGACAGGUCUCCAAUUCAGAAGAAACUACCGAUGGACUUACUAUCGGGGAAUGUAGACACACUCGCUCAGGCAAUAGUGCGAAGGGACAUGGAAACAAUUCUCGAUCUGGAGAUCCGAACAGGCAAGGAACAGCUAUUGACUGAUGAGUUGUUUGAGCAAGUUGCUUCAUUUGACAGCUCUGCAAUUACAUCACUGCAGGCGGAUCUCCUACAACUGUCAUUGGAUGUUGGUGCUCUCCAGACAACAAUGAUCAGACUUGAGAACAAAGUCGACAAGAUCCUUAGUUUCCUUGAAGCCCUCCCAAAGCAAACAAAAGCAAACACAGAUGAAGGAAUAUCUGCAGUCCUCCAGGCUGUGAACAUGAACACAAAGAUUCUUGGGAAGAUCUCUGAGAAAGUUGAGUUUAUUCAUGCAAGAUCUGCAAUUCAUGAUCCAAUGGCACCUAUGACCAUGCCUUCAGCACCACCUGUCACCGCCAUAUACCUAGCCCUACCUCUGCAAACCUCUGAGACUGUCUCGGCAGACAUCCUUAAAGGGAUUUGUUUUGGGUAGAUUUAAAAAAAAAAAAAGAAACAGCAAAAUCUAAAAUCUUUAACAGAGACGAUUUCACAGCUUCCUAAAAAAGGGGAGCGAGGGCAGGCAAAUCAUUCACAUGCCCCACGAGGGCAUUUGCUUUCUCUCCGUACAGAUCCAAUCCCGCAGUUCCUGCACGCGAUAGAGCGAAACGAACCCCCAAGUUGCACCUCACAGAAGGAAUCCAGCCAGCACAAGACUGAGCACGAAGCCCUAAGAACCUUGCACCGAACAGCUGAUAGCAAUAUGCAGUCUUCAAAGAACAAAAAUCUAGACUAUUCAGAAGCAUUCUAUAAAUCUUUAUUACCUGUCCAAAAGACUAGUGCUGAGAUCAUAAAUGAAGCACGAAGUACAUUAAGGACUUUAAGAACUCAGAGGCCAUUUACACCAAGAGAUGAGCGAAGGAAACUUUUUGGUUCUACCUCUUCAAGGACACCUGAAAAUAGACCACCUUCUGCUUUUAGUCUCCACUCUUCUAGCUUUGAGUCAGUUGAGUCAAGACCUGCCUCUUGUGCACGCCUCAGCCCACUGGACCAUAAGCCAAAAUUAUUGUCAUCAGCCUCUAAUUAUGAAGACUAUUGCGUUUCCUCACCUUUACCACCAGUGGAUUCAGCGGAGAUUAGAAAAGUCAGCAAUGCUCGCUCAAGGUUGUCCAAAACUGUUUCCUGUGGAAAUCUACUUCCAGAUAAACUAUUUCUUCCCAAUGACUGUAAGAGGCUGUAUUUUGAUCAGCAAUUUAUCCCAAGGAGUGAUCAUGAAAGUUUUUCACAAAAGCUGCCUAUCCAGUUGAGCGCCAGGGAUGCCUGUCUUCCACUAACUUACAUAGAUCCUCAUAAUAAGAUAGCAGGAGAAGAAUUUUUCCCACAAAUGAGAAACAUACCAUUUCCAGUCCAAUUCAGCAGGCAAAGUGACCAGUUUAAUACACAAGAGUCUCCUUUGUCAUAUCCAGACUAUACUGAAAUGACUAAAUCUGCAACUAAAUCAGAACAUAAUUUGGAAGCAAGUGAAAUGGAAGAAGAAGAAGAAAGCUAUUGGAAAACAAAAGUUUUACCAAUUUUACAUAUAUUAGAGAUUGAAAACAAUGUAGAAAGACUUUGUGAUGCCUGUGCUAUUCUUUAUCAAACACUGGAAGAAGGAAAUAUGCUUGGCAAGAGAUUCAAGAGGCGAAAUUUACUGUUGAAAGUGUUAUAUAAAUUAGUUGAUGUUACUUCAGAUCCUCUUGGCUUGAAAUUGGCAAAAAUCAUUCUGGGUCUGAAAGUGAGUGGGAAGAAUCUGCUUAAUGUUUGCAAAUUAGUAUUUAAAAUCAGCAGAAGUGAAAAAAAUGAUUCCCUUAUGGAGAAUGACCAAAUCCUGGACUCUCUGCUUGAGAUUCUGAGAACUGAAGAUUUGCAAACAAACACUGAAGCUUUUCUUUAUUGCACUGGUGCUAUAAAAUUUAUUUCUGGCAAUGUGAGGCUCAUUAAUGAAAUGGUCAACAAGGGAGCUAUUGAAAUCUUGCUGCAAAUAAUGAGAAUGAUUAAUGAAAUUAAUGAAGAUAAUACUCGAUUUUCCAGCUCAGGACAUCUCUUGGUCCAGCUCACUGCCACUUUACGGAACUUGGUAGACUUACUUCAGUCAAGGUGCAAAUUCCUGGAGUAUGGAGCAAUCCCAGAGCUCUGCCUCACGUUGGAGAAACGCAUGAGUGACAAGGAUGUGUGUACCAAUGUGGCCAGAAUAUUCAGCAAACUUUCUUCCUUCAACGACUGCUGUACAGCUUUGGCGGAUUGCUCCAGAUGUUAUGCCUUAUUUUUAGCCCUGCUAAACAAAUACCCAACAAAGCAGGAUUUAGUUAUCCGUAUCAUUUUCAUUCUUGGCAAUUUAACAGCAAAGAACAAUCGAGCCCGGGAACAAUUUUUUGAGGAGCAAGGAAGCAUUGAUACACUCAUAGCACUUUUCCAAACGUACUGUGAAAAUGUUCCUAAUCAUAAACUGUGGAAAGAUGGCGAAAUAAAGAAUCUCAGACACCCUUCUGAAGCAGAAGACAUUCUCAUCAAGCUGAUAAGAGUGAUUGCCAAUCUGUCCAUUCACCCAAAUGUAGGUGCAGGUUUGGCAACUAAUCAUCACAUUGUGGCAUUACUUAUUACAGUGCUUGAGUGCAAGUCGGUUGAGGAAUGUGAGGAACUGGUUAUUAAUGCCAUUGCAACAAUCAACAAUUUAUCCUUUUAUCAAGUGAAGAAUUCCGUAAUCCAAGAGAAGAAAUUGCAUAUUGCAGAAUUGCUUUUAAAGAUGUUAAUGAGCAGUCAUAUGGACGGAAUUCUGGAGGCUAUUCGUGUCUUUGGUAAUCUUUCUCAAAACCACGAAAUCUGCAAUUUUAUUAUACAGCGAAAGGUGUACAAGUUCAUGAUUGCUUUGCUUGAUGCCAGGCACCAAGAUGUCUGCUUUUCAGCCUGUGGAGUUCUCCUCAAUCUUACUGUAGAUAAAAGCAGGCGGAGUAUUUUGAAUGAAGGAGGAGGAAUUAAAAAAUUAAUCGAUUGCUUGAGAGAUUUUGGGCCCACAGACUGGCAACUGGCUGGUUUGAUAUGCAAAACUUUGUGGAACUACAGUGAGAAUGUUACAAGUAAUGAACCCUGCUUUGAAGAUGAUGAUUCAAACAGUCUUCUAGUUCUUCUUAUGACAUUUCUUGAUGAAGAACUGGCACUGGCUUACAGUUUUGACAGUGACUUAAGAGAAUAUCACAAACUUUAUUGGGAAACAGAGUUCAAACCUGUGGCACAGAAACUUCUCCAGAGAAUUCAAAAUUGAAAAUCAUUACUCGAGGUCCUAAUACUUCAUUUCAAGAUGGGUGUUGAUUCAAUCAAUGUGCAAAUCACUUCUGCUGCUGCUUUUGCAAAUCAUUUGAUAUUAAAACAUUUCAGUAUGUUGUUUCCACGGAAAAUGCCUUUUGUUUUUUAGUUUUUCUACAUAGCAUGUACAUUCAUUGUAGAAUACCUUUUUUCUUAAAUUUACAGUGGCGUUUAGGAAACAAAAAUAAACUAAUUACAACAUCUGAA